AUGUUCUCAUACACAUCACGCUCCUUGUUUGGAGUGAGCAAGCACCUCAGAGUGCCUGUGCCAUUCCGCGCGCUAUCAACCCCAAGCCAGCCGACUCCGCCGGAACAAGAGAAGACACCUAGUCCAACACCCACUCCUACACCAGUUGCACUUGAGCAGGCUGCUCCAGUUCCUACUCCUGAGGCCCCUAUCACCGAAGCUGCCACUCCUGCAUCGACUUCCGUGGCCGCUCACAAUUCCGCCAGGACUGAACGUAUAGGAGCUCUCGGCAAGGAGAACCGACUCCCAAGAAGUGUGCAAGCGAUAUACCUACGACCCCUGCGGAGGAAGGCCGAGUACGGCCUCCCAGUUUGCGAUCUCCAAUUGCGAUCCUACAGCGUCCGCAACGUGGAGUUUUUCGCAGAUUUCGCCAUCCGAGCCGCUUACUACCUCAACCUCCCCGUGUCCGGGCCCGUACCUCUCCCUCGCAUCGUUGAACGCUGGACCGUCCCCCGAAGCAACUUCGUGCACAAGAAGAGCAAGGAGAACUUUGAGCGAAUCACCCUCCGCCGACUGAUUCAGAUCAAGGAUGGAAGCCCUGAAUCUGUACAGGCUUGGCUUGCCUUCCUCCGCAAGCACGCAUUCUACGGUGUUGGUAUGAAGGCGAAUGUUUGGGAGAACGAAAGUCUUGAUGUUGGCAAGUCCAUGGACGCGUCUGUCUCCGAGGUGGAGGCAUCUCUUCGUCCUCACCUUGAGCAGUUCGGUCAGCGGAAGGACAACUCGGCCCCCGGCACGAUAUUCGAGACUUUGGACAGCCAGCGAUUCACAGAGCGUAAGAGUCUAUAG